CUGUUAGCCCAAUCGAAACAUCGCUUUUUUUCAAGACGAACGCAUGGUUUCACUGGAGGCGAUUUGAAAUCGUUAGUCCUCGCCUCCCGCUUCACAGAAGGGCGAAAUGAUAGCGAGAAGCUGGAGAAUGCUCGAAAGCGUGUACGGCCGACAGGAAUUCGGCAGUUCAUUCUAGAGGUGCCUCACGUGAGCUGGGAUGACAUUGGAGGUAGUGAUGAACUAAAACUUGAAAUUCAGCAGGCUGUAAUUUGGCCACAAAAGCAUCGAGACGCAUUUGAACGACUCGGCAUUGAUCCUCCUUCAGGAAUCUUACUGUAUGGGCCGCCUGGCUGUAGCAAGACAUUGGUUGCUCGCGCUCUUGCUAGUGAGUCGAAGAUGAACUUCUUAGCCGUGAAGGGUCCAGAACUGUUCAGCAAAUGGGUAGGAGAAUCGGAGAAAGCGAUACGAGACCUGUUUUCCAGAGCAAGACAAGUAGCGCCAACGAUUGUAUUCUUCGAUGAAAUUGAUGCCGGUUGGAAGCUCGAGAGGAUCCGAGAAAAGUUCUGGCGUUUCUGA